ACGGGUCUAUUUCUUUUUGAUAUUCAAUAGUUUGCAAUUCCAACAGUCAGUCAUAAUUACCCAUGCAUAUUGGAAACGAACUAACACGUAGUUGUUUAUCUAACCAGCUUUUUCCGAUGUAAUUGCUUGUAGCUAGUUACUAGCUAACUCACAUACCGGUAACCUUAGGUAGCCGCUGUCUAUAAUGCUUCACAAUAACAGUAACGUUAGUUAGCGAGCUAAUAGCUGCUGCUUAGCCCUUUCAGUUUGACAAAUGCCAAAGGUUUUAGGCACUUUUUGGGAUAAAUCCUUUAUCGUGAUGUAAAAAUACUUUACAAAUUGGCAGCCUCGAUGUUGAGAUGAGAUAAUUAUUUACCGACCAGUUUCCAGUACAUGAUUUAGCAGUGAGUGUACAUGAUGAAUCGUCCCAAGCCUACAACGAUCAGGCGGCCUAGUGCUGCAAAGCCCUCAGGUCACCCUCCUCCUGGAGAUUUCAUAGCAUUGGGGUCAAAGAGUGGCGGAGAGUCCAAAGCACCUGCAGUUCUCCUUAAGCCAGCGUCCACCUUACCCACUGACCGUAAACGAGAGACCUCCUCGUCACUUCCAUCCUCCUCUGGCCUGUCCGGCCUAGUGAAGCGCCCCAAGAUCUCCUCUACCCCUCCGGUCAGCGCCCUAGGACGAUUGGCUGAUGUGGCAGCAGUGGACAAAAGGGCUAUAUCGCCUUCGAUCAAGGAGCCCUCAGUGGUGCCCAUAGAAGUCCCCCCAGCAGUGCUCCUGGAUGAGAUUGAGAAUGCAGAGCAGGAUGGAAAUGAUGAUCGCAUUGAAGGGGUGCUCUGUGGAGCUGUCAAACAGCUGAAGAUGAACCGGGCCAAACCUGACAUAACACUAUACCUCAGCCUCAUGUUCCUGGCCAAGAUUAAGCCCAAUCUCUUCGCCACUGAAGGCAUUAUUGAGGCCUUGUGCAGUCUCCUUCGCCGGGAUGCCUCCAUCAACUUCAAAGCAAAGGGCAACAGUCUGGUGUCUGUGCUAGCUUGCAACCUGCUGAUGGCAGCCUAUGAGGAGGAUGAGAACUGGCCAGAGAUCUUUGUCAAAGUGUACAUUGAGGACUCUUUGGGGGAGCGAAUUUGGGUAGACAGUUCCCAUUGUAAGAAUUUUGUGGACAAUAUCCAGACUGCCUUCAGUACCAAAAUGCCCCCAAAGAGUAUGCUGCUGCAGUUGCAGACUGACACUGGCCGCUCCGGUGGAGAUAUCAGUGCAGGGAGCAGUCCUCACCCCUCCACCCCAGAUGAGGAUGACAGCCAGACUGAAUUGCUGAUUGCUGAGGAGAAACUUAGUCCUGAAGAUGAUGGACAAGUUAUGCCAAGGUACGAGGAGCUGUCUGAGAGUGUGGAGGACUAUGUUCUAGAUGUCCUGAAGGACCAGUUGAACCGCAGGCAGCCCAUGGACAAUGUGUCCCGUAACCUGCUGCGUCUGCUCACUGCCACCUGUGGCUACAAGGAGGUGCGGCUUAUGGCUGUGCAGAGGCUGGAGAUGUGGCUGCAGAAUCCAAAGCUGACCCGUCCAGCUCAGGACCUUCUCAUGUCUCUCUGUAUGAACUGCAACUCCCAUGGAGCGGACGACAUGGAGGUGAUCUCCAACCUCAUCAAGAUCCGCCUGAAACCUAAAGUCAUCCUCAAUCACUACAUGCUCUGUGUCAGGGAGCUACUGAAUGCACACAAAGACAACCUGGGAACUAUGGUGAAGCUGGUGAUCUUCAACGAGCUGUCCAAUGCCAGGAACCCCAACAACAUGCAAGUCCUUCACACACUGCUCCAGCACAGCCCAGAGCAGGCCCCUAAGUUCCUGGCCAUGGUGUUCCAGGACCUGCUGACCAAUAAGGAUGAUUAUCUGCGUGCUUCUCGGGCCUUGCUGAGAGAGAUCAUCAAACAGACCAAGCACGAGAUCAACUUCCAGUCCUUCUGCCUGGGUCUGAUGCAGGAAAGGAAGGAGGCCACCUACGUCGACAUGGAGUUCAAAGAGCGAUUUGUGAUCCAGGUGACAGACCUGCUCACGUGCUCCAUGAUGCUGGGCAUCACAGCUCAGGUCAAGGAGGCUGGCGUUGCGUGGGACAAAGGAGAGAAGAAGAAUCUGGAUGGUCUGAGAUCCUUUCAGAAUAAUAUCGCUGCCAUUCAGAGGGAUGCUGUGUGGUGGCUUCACACUGUUGUUCCCACAAUUGCCAAAGUGCCAUCCAAGGACUAUAUACACUGUCUUCACAAGGUGCUUUUCACAGAGCAACCAGAGACCUACUACAAGUGGGAUAACUGGCCCCCUGAGAGCGACAGAAAUUUCUUCCUGCGGCUGUGCUCUGAAGUGCCUCUGCUGGAGGACACUCUGAUGCGUAUCCUGGUCAUCGGACUGUCCCGUGACCUGCCCCUGGGCCCGGCCGACGCCAUGGAGCUGGCGGACCACCUGGUGAAGAGGGCGGCCGGGGUCCAGUCUGAUGGUACAACAUCUGCAACAGCAAUGGAUCUGGAUGUGUUGAGAGUAGAGCGGAUCCAGCUGAUUGACGCAGUGCUGAACCUGUGCACCUACCACCACCCAGAGAACAUUCAGCUUCCUGCGGGCUAUACUCCUCCGAACCUGGCGAUAGCCACACUCUACUGGAAAGCGUGGCUCCUGCUACUUGUGGUGGCCGCUUUCAAUCCACAGCAAAUAGGCUUGGCUGCCUGGGACGGCUAUCCCACACUGAAAAUGCUCAUGGAGAUGGUCAUGACAAAUAACUACUCCUACCCUCCAUGCACGGUGGCCGAUGAGGAGACCAAGACAGAGAUGAUCAACCGGGAGCUGCAGGUGUCCCAGAGAGAGAAGCAGGAGAUCCUGGCCUUCGAGAGCCACCUGGCGGCUGCCUCCACCAAGCAGACCAUCACAGAGAGCAACAGCCUGCUGCUGUCCCAGCUCACCAGUCUGGACCCACAGGGCCCCCCUCGCAAACCCCCACCCGCAGUCCAGGAGCAGGUGAAGAGCCUUAACCAGUCCCUUCGCCUGGGUCACCUCCUCUGUCGCUCUCGCAACCCUGACUUCCUGCUCAACAUCAUCCAGAGACAGGCCUCCUCUCAGUCAAUGCCCUGGCUGGCUGACCUGGUGCAGUCCAGUGAGGGGUCCUUAGACGUGCUGCCUGUGCAGUGCCUGUGUGAAUUCCUGCUUCACGAUGCUGCAGAUGACAACUUGCCCAUCGAGGAUGACGAGGAAGGAGAGAGCAAAGAGCAGAGAGCCAAGAAAAGACAAAGGCAACAAAAGCAGCGGCAGCUCCUUGGACGGCUGCAGGAUCUGCUGUUGGGUCCUAAAGCUGACGAACAGACCACGUGUGAGGUGUUGGACUACUUCCUGCGCCGCCUCAGCUCUUCUCAAGUGGCGUCAAGAGUCCUGGCUAUGAAGGGUCUGUCGCUGGUGCUGACUGAGGGGGGUCUGAAGGAUGGAGAGGAGAGGGACCAGCCCAUGGAGGAGGACUCCAGAGAUGCUGAGCUCCUGCCAGGAUACCAGUGGCUCCUGCAGGACCUCCCCAAGCUGCCCCUGUUCGACAGCGUCCGGGGCAUGACCUCCACCGCUCUGCAGCAGGCCAUCCACAUGGAGACAGACCCACAGACAAUCAGCGCCUACCUCAUCUACCUGUCCCAGCAUGCACCAGUGGAGGAGCAGGCGUCUCACAAUGACCUCGCUCUGGAUGUGGCCCGUCUGAUUGUCGAGCGCUCCACCAUCAUGAACAGCCUGUUUUCCAAGUACUCCUGCCGGCCCGAGUCAGACGCUGUGCUCUCAGCCCUCAUCUCCAUCUUCUCGAGCUACAUCAGGAGGAUGAGGAAGACCAAGGAGGGAGAGGACCUCUACAGCUGGUCAGAAUCUCAGGACCAGGUGUUUCUGCGUUGGACCACAGGGGAGACUGCCACCAUGCACAUUCUGGUGGUCCAUGCCAUGGUCAUUCUCCUGACGCUCGGGCCACCCAAAGAGGAGAGUGAUUUCUUCAACCUCCUGGACAUCUGGUUCCCCGACAAGAAACCCCUCCCCACCGCCUUCCUGGUGGACACCUCCGAGGAGGCCCUGCUGCUACCUGAUUGGUUGAAGCUGAGGAUGAUCCGGUCAGAGGUUUCACGAUUGGUGGAUGCAGCGCUGCAGGAUCUGGAGCCCCAGCAGCUGCUGCUGUUUGUCCAGUCGUUUGGCAUCCCUGUGUCCAGUAUGAGUAAACUGCUGCAGUACCUGGACCAGGCUGUAUCCCACGACUCACAGACACUGGAACAGAACAUCAUGGACAAAAACUACAUGGCUCAUCUGGUGGAGGUGCAGCAUGAGCGAGGCGCCACAGGGGGGCACACUUUCCACGGGUUGCUCAGCUCCUCUCUCCCUCCUCGCAGAGAUAGUACUGAGGUGAACAGAGCCAAAGUUACUGUGGAAACUCCUAGUGGCUCCUUGAAGAUGAGAGCCAAUCAGAUCCCAGUGAUUGGGCCUGAGGAUGACCUCACCGGCAUGUUGCUUCAG